AUGAUACCGGCUCCCCCAACUCCUCUGAGGGCUGGGACCAAAGCCCAGACCGGGAGGGCAAAGUCACUGGCUGCAAUUUACAGGCUGCGCGUCACAUUAAUAAACAGAGCUAUAAAACCACGAGGCAGAUUCCCUUUCACAUUCAGGAUUCUGUGCCAGACACCACUGGAGCCAGGUGCCUCUGGAGGAAUGUGGAGCGUGAGAGGUCUAAGCUGUCUCCUGGCCAUUCGGCUGCUGCCACUGCUGGAAGCUUGUGAGCAGCCAAUGGGAUCUCCCCGCAUUGUGGGGGGUCAUGAUGCUAAGAAUGGGUCCUGGCCCUGGCAGGUCAGCAUCCGUCAAGGCAGCAACCAUAUCUGCGGAGGGUCCCUCAUUGCUGAGAGCUGGGUGGUAUCAGCAGCUCAUUGCUUUAAUGGGGACAAAUCUGCCUAUCAUGUGAACCUAGGGGAAUAUCAGCUCCUGAACCCCUCUGAAAGUCUGGUAUCUUUUCCCAUCAAGGAGAUUUACCGCCACCCCAGCUACACGGAUAUCGGGUCCAGCGGUGACAUCGCGCUGGUGGAGCUGGAAACCCCUGUGAGCUUCAACAGUGUUAUCUGCCCCAUCUCCCUUCCGGCCUCCUCUGUGGAGUUCCCCGCGGGUAUGGAGUGCUGGGUGACCGGCUGGGGUGACACUCAGUACGGAGGGAGCCUGACAGCCCCCAAAACCCUGCAGGAGGUGCAGGUGCCCCUGAUAGACAGAGACGCCUGCAACACCCUCUUCAGCACCGGCUCAUACCCAGACGACCCUCCGGGGACCGAUCCCAUCAAGCAGGAUAUGAUCUGUGCAGGGUACCCGCAAGGGGAGAAAGAUGCGUGUCAGGGUGACUCUGGGGGACCCUUGGUCUGCGAAUGGGACAGCGCGUGGCUCUUGGCCGGGGUGGUGAGCUGGGGCGUGGCGUGCGCGCGCCCCAACCGCCCGGGGGUCUACAUCCUGCUGCCCCCCUACGCCGACUGGAUCCAGAGCUAUGUCCCCACCGUACCCUUCACCGUGCGUAGCAUGUCCGUCAUGCAGCUCAACAGUGCCGGUGCUAGUCCGUUGGGGGCCCUAAGGAAUAUUUUGGGGUCCUCCCCCAUCCACACUACACUAAACCAGGCAAAGCGGAUAGGGGGCCCCCUCGGGCUGCUCGGGGCCAUAAGUCAUUGCCUAGUCUGCUUGUGCCUAGUGCCGGCUCUGCCUGCCAUGCUUCUCCUAGCUGCAGCUGUCCCCAUGAUCCUGUGAGAUGCACCCUCCCAUGCCCCAGCGCAUACCUCCAGCCCCCCACCAAAGCCCCCUCCAGACGGGGGUUCAGUUCAUCACUGCCUCGGAUGGGUGCACAGCCCGGAUCCCAACUUGGCCUGCGCAAACGCUGCUAAUGGUAACAAGGGUGCAAAGGGUUCUGAUUUCCUCCAGCAGGGGGAGCAGGGACGCAUGCGCGCACACACGCAUGCACGCACACACGCAUGCAUGCACGCACACGCACACACGCAAGCACACAAGCAGUCAAGCCCUAGCCUCCCUCUCCCACUUGCUUCAAUGCCAGAUUGUGUCCUUAUAUCCUUCCAUUCUCCGCCUCCACCUCUUUAUCCCUCUCUUGGGCUCUAUGCCAGGCACCUCACAGGCUCCUUCGAGGCCUCUUUACCCUCCUCUUCUGGGUGCCAAAAUAUCUCUCUACUUUCAGGAAGGGGCUGUUAUUUCCUUUUCCUCCGCUUUCUUUAAUUAUCUUUCCCCGGCAGCUCCACUUCUCUGACCUGUUUUUCCCUUUCCACCUUCUCUGCCUCAGUUUCCCCACCACACACCUGGACACCCUCCAAGACACUGGCACUACGUUGGCUUGCGGGGGGACCCCAUCCUCAUAGCCUCAUUACCAUGUGUGCUGCUGCAUCAGCUGCUGCCCCAUUGACCCAUCAAACCUCUGGUGCAAUAGGCUUGUGCCUAGGAGAAUUAGGGAUGGGGGCGGCAUGAACAGACCCUGGGCAAGCUCAUGGAGACAGGGGGACAAGAUGACUUAGCCCUGCAGUGCCCCUGUCUGGCUGUGCUGAGAAUUGCAGACAGUGAUCAACCCAAUCCCCAAGAUAAUUUAAAUCCCCCUCCAUCCCUUAGGCCUCUGGGAGGAUUUGAACCCAUGGCAGGGAUUGUGCUAAGAGCACAGCCACAAGGGAUCAUUGUGGUUCUCCAAUCUAGCCUCAUGCACGGCACAACCCAGAUGGCCCAACCCAGACCUCCCUCCAGCCCAUAUGUGAUGACAGAGCUAGCACAUGACUCUUAGAAAGGGUGUCAUAAAUACAGAGAGAAGGGUAGCCUAAAAUCCCUCUUUGGCAGCUGUACAGAAUCACCUUUUCUGUAAGGGGUUAAGUAGGUCAAAUAACCUAGUUGACACCUGACCAGAAGGACCAAUGAGGAAAGACGAUACUUUCAAAUCUGGGCGGGGGAAAGGUUUUGUUUGUGUUCUCUCUUUGUUGUUCCCUCUCCGGGCGGAGGGAGAAGCCAGGCAGGU